AGAAAGGCCGUGGUCAUCGACUGCGAGAUGAUGAUGACGGACGACCCCUACGGACGGGGUCGAAGCUACAACGCGCUGGCGUACCUGGCGGCGGUGGACUUCCUGACUGGGGAGGUGCUCAUCGACCGCUACGUGCGGCCCGCGGGGCGGGUGACGUACUGGAACACCCGGGUCACGGGCAUCACGCCAGGGAAGAUGAACGCGGCCAUCAAGCACGGGCAGGCGUUCGGGUCGUGGGAGACGGCCCGCCAGGCGCUGUGGGAGUUCGUCGACCGCGACACGGUGCUGAUCGGGCAUGCGCUACACAACGAUCUCAACGCCUUGGGGAUCAUCCAUCCGCGUGUGGUCGACACGGGGAUCGUCACGGCCGAGGCCGUGUUCUCGACGCAGUGGGGAGAGAUGAGGCGGUUCCCGCGGCUGUGGGGGCUGAAGACCCUGGCGAUGGACAUGCUGGGGCGACACAUCCAGGGCAGUAGUCAGGGGCACAGUGCCGUCGAGGACGCGUUGGCGACCAGAGAUGUUCUGGUCUGGGGGCUGGAGAACCCGGUUCUCUUGGGGGAGUGGGCGCGUCGAGAGAGGAGACUGCGCGACGAACUUUUCGGCUUCGUGCUGUCUGACAGUGACAGCGUGAAGAGCGAGGGCUCGGACGCUGCAUCUUGGUCCGACUUUGAUGGGGACUUGGUCUCGUCUCCUUCGGAUUCCAUUGGCGACCCCUGUGGGGUGAAGCCCUCAACAUUCUGGUGA